UGGGGUAAGUCCCAUUUUCUCAGUAUGAUUGCUUCCAGAGGGACUUGUGUGACCUGAGCUGCUGUUGCUGCUGCUGCUGUCAACUGCCCUGUUCUUCAUUCUCAAGCUAUAGAGCUCAGACUGGGAGGAAGCCAAUCCUGAUCCCUACAAUUGUCAGUAUUCUCUGCCACCCUAAAAUGAGAGGAAAACAUGACAGCAAGUCAGGAAGAUGAUUUACAGCUGCUUCUUGAGGUGUUUCUUGAAGAUAAAAAUAACAAGAAAAUAGAAGAAGAAUUGAAACAACUAAUAGAAGACCGCCAAAAUGACAUAGAAAUGGCAAUUAAUGAAAUGAUAAAAACAAAUGUUGAUCUAGCAAUGGAGAAUGAAAAGCUUGAAACAGAGUUGCUACAAUCUUCAUCAUCUUAUCUGAUUAAAAAGAAUGUUCCUAAAAAGAAAAUGAAGUUCACAUCGGUGGAGAACCCAAAGGAUGACAGACAAUAUUUAAAUAUCUCUUGUUCAUUUCAAGUAACUACACAACUUGAAUAUGAAUUGCAGCAAGGACAAGCACUUAUCACCUUUGAAGAUGAACAAGUUGCACAGAAUGUGAUAAAAAGAGGAAGACAUUUUGUGAAACUUGAGAAUGAGAAGGUACAGUUGAUGGCCAAAGCUGUCCCACUAAAAACAGGUGUAAGUCUUCAGGUUCACACAAAGAUUUCUAAGAAAAAGAUUGAUGUUUCUGAAAUACCUGAUGAGUUACCUGAAGAACAGAUGAGAGAUAAAUUAGCACUGAGUUUCAGUAAAUCCCAGUAUGGUGGUGGAGAAGUAGAAGAUGUGGAGUAUGACAAAAAAUCCCAAACAGCUGUUAUUACUUUCCUUGAGAAUGGAGCUGCUGAUACUAUUCUCAAACACAAGAAAUAUCCUCUUUAUACAAAUACCAACUGCCAUCAAGUUGUUGUUUCCCCACAUAUGGAAAAACACAUAGACAAGCUCCAGGUAUUUUCAGGAAUUUCUAAGAGGACUGUCCUUCUGACUGGACUUCAAAAUAUUCAAGAAAAUGAAGAUAGUGUAGAAGAUGACAUUGUUAUUCAUUUUCAGAAAGGGUCAAAUGGAGGAGGGGACAUAGAAGUAGCUAAAUGUGCUCUCAAACAACCUCAAAUAGUAUAUUUUGAAGCUGAUCUAGAUCGGAAGUGCCUAAUCUGGGAACUAUGAGCUUAUUACAUUUUUUUUUUUGAUAAUUAUAUUUCAAUAUAAUUAAUUUCUUUGGCAAUCCUAUACAUUUAACAUUGUUCUGAAGAGUCCAUAGACUUUAUUAGACUGAAAAAGGGGUCUUGUAAUCCUCAUAUACAAAAAUGGUUAUGAAUCACUGAUUCCUAAAAAAGUCACAAGAUAUUAUUGCUAAUGGACACAAAUUUAGAUUGUGCUAUAAAUGCUUACAUUGCUUUCAAAUCCCUUUCUGAAAAAUAUCAAAAAUAACUUUUUUACUUUGUAGUUUCUACUUGCUCUUAAAAUAAAAAAAAGUAUUCCUUUAAUUAAAAAAAAAAAAAUUCUAACUUGGUUCCAAAGGUGUUGAAUAUUUCAGAUCAGAUUAGUGCAAUGCCAAAAGCACAAUUGCAGAGUAUGGAAGAUGAAGCAUGGAAUUUACUCCCUAUCAGAGAAGUUAUAGGCUCAAAAUUCAGAAUAAGCCAUAUAAUUUUGGACAUGGCAAAUUUGAGAAUUUGUUUUGCUUUACUGUAAGAGUUGAUUGCAUGUUUGCUCUGAGGUUUCCUUUCUCUCUCUCUUUUUCCUCCUCAGAUGGGAAAGAAGCAGUUUGGAGGGAAAAAAAAUUAAAAGCUUAUUAUUUGAAAAAGGUUAAAUUGAUUUUUAAAAGAUGCUGAAUAAAAGUUCUUCAUUAAAAUAUCA